AUGUGCGACCUCGAUAGCCCUUGGCCAGACCGGCUCCCGUUGGUCCUACUCGGCCUUCGCACGGCAUUCAAGGAGGACCUCCAAGCAUCCUCAGCAGAGAUGCUCUAUGGAACCGCCUUGAGAGUACCCGGAGAUUUCUUCUCGACGACAAGCCAACCUGGGACCAGCCCCGCCUCCUUUGCAGAGAAGCUCCGCAGCUUCGCGCAGAGUGUCAAGGCCGUCCCAGCGUCCAGACACAUUCCGGACAGAACUCCGUUCUUUUUCAAGGACCUACGGACAUGCACGCACGUCUUUAAGAGGGUCGAUUCCAUCAGGAAACCCCUCCAACCGCCUUACUCCGGGCCGCAUCGGAUCAUUCGUCGCACCGACGAACGAACAUACGUCAUCGACGUCAACGGCAAACCACACACGGUCUCAACCGACGCCCUGAAACCGGCAUACCUGGACGCCAAAGACGCCUCAACGCCUUCAACGAAGACGGCACCACCCUCUCCAACGGCCUCGUCACCAUCACCGGCAGACUCACCGGAGGUGCCUCCAACUAGGCAACCACCAUCUGCCGACCCGUCAACGGCCCCAGAGCCCGCCCUUUCGACGAAGACGAAGAAAAGG